AUGCUCAGUGACGACGCACUUAGACGUAAGGCGAAAGAGGAGUUGCACGAAAACCCGGAACACAUCGAAGCCCACUUGGAAAGUUUUCGCCGGUGGAUUCAAGCAUUACCACAUAUCACAUUUCCUGAUGAUCGUCGAAUUUUACUGGCAUUUCUGAGACAGGCCAAAUAUAUUCAUUCCAAGGCGCAAAUUCGCCUGGAUAAUUUCUGUACCAUUCGGUGUUCGCCCACGUUAGGCGUACCUAGUUGGUUCGAGUACCCUUCUUUGGAUGAUCCGGACUUGAAAAAGUAUUUGGACGCAUGUCCCAUUGUCGAACUUGGGCGAACAGAUGAAGGAGUGCGCAUGGUCCUUGCUCACAAACGUAAGUUGUCAUACUUCAAUUCACAACUUUACUUGACUACGGCUAAUUAA